AUGCUAAAUAAUCAUAGGCUAUUUGGCGCCAUUCUCUGUCUUGCUUGGCUUGUCUGUGCUCGCGGUUGCGGCAGCAGCCAACUGGCCGCCGACUUGCUUUGGAUGGUCAGCAGGCUCGUUAUUGCCUUCCUAUCUCUAUCCCUAUCUAAUCGCGAUCUUGUACUUGCCUUGAGGCAUAAGUCUCCAUGCUUGCUCAGCCUUGCACCACAGGCUUUUCCAGCACACCAGGUGAGCGAUCCUCCUUUUGUUAUGUCUCAGUGGCUUUUAUCUGUUCCUUCCUUUUUAAAUAUGAUGUGA